CAUAUAUAUAUAUAUAUAUUAUUGUUGCACUAUUUUUUCCGUUGCAACGCAUGGACAUUCACCUAGUAAAUAGUUAAAUUUCAGAAUUUCCCACACAGCGGAAGGGACUUCAUGUCAAUUGGGCCCAUAUCUGGGGCAAGUGUUGCUGCCUAGCCCAACUGAUGAAAUAACCGGCAAGAAGCUUCUUGGGUUCUCAGCUUCUCGCUCGUGGCAGCAUCGCCAUCGGCCCAGAGCCCCAGACUACUGCGCCAAGCUGAGCGCUGCGGGUGAGGGGUCGCGCGCGCCGCCGGCUACCAGGGCCGGCCGGCCGCCCCACCCUGCUAUAGCUGUGGAUCAGUGGAUGCGCGUCCGCCCCUGUGUGUGUGUACCCGCCGAACGCCAUGGAUAGGAGCGGGAAGAUGAGAAAGAGGAAGAAGCGCGGUGACGAAAGGGCCGCCGCCGGUGCGCCCUCGCCCUCCUCCGCCUCUUUCGACCUCCACUUUUUCCCCGUCCUCCUUGCCGCCGCCCGAACCACACGCCAAUCUAGCAGCUCCUGCUCCCCGGCCGCGCUCGCUGCCCGCCUCCUGCGGCGUGUGCUCUCCCACUCGCCGCAGACGCUCUCCCCUCUCCCGGCCUCCCUCGUCGCGCUCCUCCCCCUCCUCCUCUCCUCCAGCUGCUCUUCUGUCGCCGCGCUAAGCUGCGAGGUGCUUGGCGCGGCAGCGCUGCGGUCCAUUGAGGCUGGCGAGACGCUUGCGUCCCACAGUGGCAUCGCUAGCGGCCUGGCAAGGACGCUGGGAAGUAGAAACCAGCGAGUCAUUGAGGCUGCUUGUAAUUCUAUAUUGGAUCUCUCGGCGUCUUCAGUCGGUAGGGAGCGACUUGCAGGCUCACCUGUUCUGCCGAGGACAUUGCAUCUAUUUUGUCAGGUGGAAUCUGUUUAUGGAUUUGCCCAUAGCCGAAGCACCGAGUGCCCAGAAAGAUCUACAGAAGCAAAUAAAAUCAUGUGUUUAAUCAUUGACACAUUGGUUCUCUUGGUGAAUUCUUGUAAGAUUGGCAAUUUGCAGAAUGUACAGCAGGAGCUGGCAAGGAAUGUUCUGUCUUUGUUGUACAAAAUCUGGAAGAAAACUCAACCCUUAAGAUCAUCGACUGAUUGCAACAAGUGGAAGAAUAAACUUCAGAGUAAAGAAUAUGAUAUAUCCAAAUCUAUUUUCAGGCUUUCAACUGGUCUUGCCUUUCCAGCCUGGCCAGAGCCUGAUGUGGUCAGGAAAAGUGUUUUUGGCGAAACAGUGUCCGACUUUGAAACUUUUGUCCUAGCCUACUGGGAAAAGUUGCCCAAUUUGUACAGGAGGAAACAAGCCACUAAAAUGGAUAGUCUUGUGUUCGUCGCACUGCAUAAUGCUUUUAAUCUUGGGACAACACCUGAUUCUAUCAUUGAAUCAUUAUUACAGGGUCUUGUUUCUUGCCCCGCUAUCGCUUCUGAUGAGCUUGACAUAAAUUCAUUUCUCCAUGAGGUUCAUGAUUCACUGGGUGAUUCUGUAAAGUACAGGCAAGACAUUAGAGUCAUGAGAACACGAGAUCCAAAUGACCAAACCUCAAGGGGAUGUGUGACAGAGGAGCAUUUUUUCGAUGAUGGAACGGUCUUCACGGAUGAAGAUGCAUUCAUCGAAAAAUGUAAGCACGCCUUCAAGAACGGUUAUUCGAUCGCCUUGCGUGGCAUGGAGUUUCGGUCUGAGAAGGUUGCUGCUAUAGCUUCUGCACUGGCUGAUCUAUUUGGGCAGCCUUCUGUAGGAGCCAACAUAUACUUCUCGCCCGCAGGAUCUCAAGGCCUGGCCCGACACUACGACGAUCACUGUGUACUUGUUUGGCAGCUACUCGGUAGCAAGAAAUGGACGGUUUGGCCUAAUCCGAAGCCACUGUUGCCUAGACUGUAUGAACCUUUCGACCCUUUAGAUGGCAAUUUAGAUGAGAGCAGUGGGAGAGUGGAGGUCUUACAUGAAGGGGACAUGAUGUACAUCCCCAGAGGUUAUGUUCAUGAGGCUCGCACUGAUGUCAGUGGAUCAGAGGUGAACGAUUGCUCACUCCAUUUGACCCUUGCUAUUGAGGUCGAGGCACCCUUUGAGUGGGAAGGUUUUGCUCAUAUCGCCCUUCAUUGCUGGGCAGAGAAGCAGCAGCUUAGAGGUUCCCAAUCUGUCGAGUUCGAGGGGAAAGCAGGAGCUUCCUUAUCCGCUAUUGUGCUUCAUGUAGCCAUCAGGUUGCUCUCCGACAGUGAGCCUGUUUUCAGGAAGGCGUGCAUGGUCGCAGCAAAGGCAGCGACGUCGUCCAGUUCCUGUACAUCCACAACGACUCACCUGGAGGCUCUUCGAAGCAGCCAGAGGUCAACUUUCGACGAGAUACUGAGGAAGAUCGAUCAGAGCUGCAGCAUCAAGGAAGCGCUGGAGCGCAUCGUGUCGGCGGUGAGAGAGAGAGACGACGGAGCCUUCCAGUGGAUGAGCUGGCUCCGGCACCUGCCGCAGCAAGGAACAGCUGCAGGCUACAUCAUCGACUUCUGCAAUGUCUUGGGCGCCCUCGAGGCGCUCGUGGAGGCGUUCGACUCUGACCCUGGCCAGGCCCUGGAUGGCCUCACGGCCUUCAAGUCAGGGUUUUGCCGGCGCGUCGCGUACGAGGACGCGUGCGAGGCCUUUGGGACUUUGCUCGAGAUGUACAGAAUGGCUAGGACCCAGUACAUGAGGGGGAUGCUGGCGUUGCACGGUGCAGGUGCACACGUGAGCUGAGGCUGAGCCGUGGAGAAUUCGCCGUGACAGAGAAAGGUUUUGCUUUUCUGGUGGUGGUUGCGUGGCUAGGCUAGUCUUUUCUCCUAGCGAGGAAAACCUGACAUGUAUGUGCUGGACACUUGUACGGUUGUGCCAUGUAUCGUUCGAUGGCUGCUUUUGACUGCUGGUAAGAUUAUCCAUUGGCAUCGAUCUGUGACUUGUUCCGUUGUUCGACAA